AAAUCACGACUUAAGCUGGAGCUUGAGUUGAGAAAGAGUUCAGAUAGCAGCUCACAGAUGAACAUCUGCUUCUGCCUCCGUAUCCUCACCACGUCACUGCUUUUGGUGGGUCUUUAGCCAACUUAGUUUUUUAAAUGUCUGACGCUUUAAAGCGCCCUGCACUCCACCUCCUCUCCCAUGUGCCUGUCAACAUGUCCAACUCAGCCGCCUGCCCUGUGUCUCAAAAGACAAAUAUUUGCCUGCGAUGUCGACAGCAGCGAGACGGUCAGUUGGUGAGAUCAUCAGGUCCAGUCAGUCCAUCUCUCCCUGUGGUGAGACUGACUGGUGCCCCUCUGCUGGAACACACUGCAGGUUGGAGCUCAGAGUUGUCCUGUGAAUUAUACAAUCACACCUGCUGCUAUAGGUGAAAAUGUACCGUAUAUGGUGCAGUUCUAAAAACACACCAAAAAACAUCAAUAAGAACAUAAUAGAACAAUAGGAAACAAUAGAAAUGCAUGAAUGAGUUUGCACUCGCAAUCUGCAUGUAAUUCAUUCAUGUACAUGAAAACAAAGCAAUCGCUAACACAUUACAGUUUGAACCCCUUAUGUUUUUUAAUCAGAUGCACAAUAAGUUCAUGCUAUCAUAAAUUUCACAGGCUUGAUGUGAAGCUGAAGGAGUAUGAGAGUAUUGUGUUGAAGGAUUUGUUCUGUCUGUCUGUUAAGCGUGUGUGUGAGUGUUUGUUUGCUGAGCCUGCAAACUGUUAAAAUAUCCAUGUCUCAGAGAGUUUCCCUGUUCAGAGUGCAGGUCUCUCAAAUGCACACAUACACCACACAUUUACCACUUGCUGUGCAUAUACAUUACCACACGUGCCACACACACACGUGAUGCAACUACUACAACUGGAGACCCCACCCCUCUCUCUCUCACUCACACACACACACAUACUGCACAUACACACUCACAUAGUUCAUGUCUUUUUUAAAGCCUCCGUGUGCUGGAGGAGACAGACCGAGAGAGCCAUAGAGAGACAGAGGGAGGGAGGAGUGUAUCUCCAGAGAAGAGAGGGAGCUCAGCUCUGAACUCUUCAAUGUGGAUUUGAAAUCAACAGCUUUAGCUCUGAGUUCAGCUCUCCAAACCGCAUGAAACAGGAGUUGUCGUUGAAGAAAUUACUAUUUAAAAGCCACACUGCUUUGAUCUCGUUUCCUUUGUUCACUUUCUACUUGUUUCGGACUGGAGGCAUGAUGCUGAAACACACCAAGGAGGGCUUUCCUCUGUCUGUCUGCGCGUCAGUGGAAACCUGGUGUGGUGUGAAGGGAGAGGAGAGAGCGCACAAGAGCCGAGGAGUAGCGGAGUGCCUGGAGGAGGAGGAAGAGGAAGAUUAGUGGAGAACAAAGCAGAAAGGAAACAAAAACAACCACAGACAUGAGUUUACCGACUAACUGUAUGUAUCUGGCCCCCUCGUUCCAGGAUCGCUACUUCAAAGUGAGGAAUGGGAAUAUCUGUGGGUCGCCAUGCGCUGUCAACCGGCCCAUCGACAUCGUGCAGAAACGCAGGCGUUUUGAUGUGGAGAAUGGCCUGUCGGUGGGUCGCAGUCCACUGGACUCUCAGACUAGCCCGGGUUCUGGUCUGGUACUUCAGGCCAACUUCCCCCACAGUCAGCGUCGUGAGUCCUUCCUUUACCGCUCUGACUCAGACUUCGACCUUUCGCCCAAAACCAUGUCCCGCAACUCGUCCACUGCCAGCGACCUGGAGGAGGGAUUGAAGAAUUGGGAAGUCAAUUGGCUACCUCGGCAUGGAGAAGACAUGAUAGUGACUCCAUUUGCACAGGUUCUUGCCAGUCUACGAACAGUGAGAAGUAACUUUGCUGCUCUGACACAUCUGCAAGAUCGCGUGGGAAACAAGCGGCCGACAACCAGCAACCAGCCACCCAUGUGUAAGCCAUGUCUUACAGAGGAGCCCUGCCAGAAGCUGGCGGUGGAGACACUGGAAGAACUGGACUGGUGUCUGGACCAGCUGGAGACGCUGCAGACGAGACACUCAGUCAGCGAGAUGGCAUCCAACAAGUUCAAGAGGAUGCUGAACCGAGAGCUGACGCAGCUAUCAGAGACAAGCCGCUCAGGAAAUCAGGUGUCAGAGUUCAUCGCCCACACCUUCCUAGAGAAACAACAUGACGUGGAGAUCCUGUCUCCACCUCCUAAGGAGAAGGAGAAGAAGAAGAGGCCGAUGUCACAGAUCAUCGGUGUGAAAAAGGCCACACAGAGCCCCAGCUUAGCACCCGCCUGCAUCCCUCGCUUUGGAGUCAGCACACCACAAGAGAGCCUACUGGCCAAGGAGAUCGAGGACAUUAAUCGUUGGGGUCUGGAUGUAUUCAAGAUAGCAGAAUUUUCCGGAAACCGCCCUCUGACGGUGAUAAUGUACUCUGUCUUCCAGGAGCGAGACCUUCUGAAAACCUUUAAGAUCCCAAUUGGCACCUUCAUCACCUCCAUGAUGACCUUGGAGGACCACUACCAUGCAGAUGUAGCUUAUCACAACAACAUUCAUGCAGCUGAUGUGGUGCAGUCCACCCACGUCCUCCUUUCCACCCCUGCUUUAGAGUCGGUGUUCACAGACCUGGAGGUCAUGGCUGCUCUGUUUGCUAGUGCCAUCCAUGAUGUCGACCACCCAGGAGUCACCAACCAGUUCCUAAUAAACACCAGUUCAGAGCUAGCACUAAUGUACAACGAUGCCUCGGUGCUGGAGAAUCACCACCUCGCUGUGGGCUUCAAACUACUCCAAGAAGACAACUGUGACAUCUUCCAAAACCUCAGCAAGAAACAGAGGGACUCCCUCCGCAAGAUGGUGAUCGACAUGGUGCUGGCCACAGAUAUGUCCAAACACAUGAACUUCUUGGCGGACAUGAAGACAAUGGUGGAGACCAAGAAGGUGACCAGUUUGGGAGUCCUGCUGCUAGACAACUACUCUGACCGCAUCCAGGUUCUGCAGAACAUGGUCCACUGUGCCGACCUGAGCAACCCAACCAAACCGCUGGAGCUUUACCGGCAGUGGACGGACCGCAUCAUGGUGGAGUUCUUCACCCAGGGAGACCGAGAGCGGGACAAGGGCAUGGAGAUCAGUCCCAUGUGUGACAAACACAAUGCCUCCAUAGAGAAGAGCCAGGUGGGGUUUAUCGACUACAUUGUCCACCCUCUGUGGGAGACAUGGGCGGACUUGGUGCACCCUGAUGCCCAGGACAUCCUGGACACGCUGGAGGACAACAGGGAGUGGUACCAGAGCAUGAUCCCCCGCAGCCCGUCGCCCUCCAGCCCCGAGGAGCACCAUGCCGAGGUGGGGCCAGGAGGAGAAGCUGUGGGAGCGGGAGGCGCCGUCCCUUCAGGAGGAGGAGGAGACAAGUUCCAGUUUGAACUUACUCUGGAGGAAGAAGAGGAGGAUGAGGAGGAGGUGGAGUCUGACCUGGAGAGCCCCCUAGAGGAGGAGUCCCAGUCAGGUGGGGAGCGGCACCAGGACUCCUCCUCCCCCUCUUUGUCCCCAGACCCCCGCAGCAGCAGGUACCGCCCCCCCUCGCCUCACCCGUCUCGGACCCUGAAUCUGGCUGCCAUGUCGGUGCGAAGCCCCCACCCCCACAGGACACUGGCCUCCCCGAGACGGGAGGGCGCCAACAGGGACAGAGAACUGAGCCAGGAGGGCGACGGGGUGGCCUGCCUGCGUAUGGGCACGUAACAACCAGCCCCGUCUGAGAGACACGAGUGCUGGAUGUAGUGAGACGGAGGCAGGGCAGGCCUUCACCAGUAAUGUCUGUAAAAUCACUACAGUCCCUUUACACUGGAGACACCCUCUCUGGAGAACAGAGGGACGUCCCCCCUCUGUUUUAUUUUAUAUUUUAACAAGAAGAAUCGUUUUAGCCUCUCUUUGGGUGCCUGAUUGGCCUUUGUGUCCCGUCCUGCUUUGUUGUAGCUUCAGUUCGGAGCGUCCCGGACAAAGACUGCUGCAUUUUAACUGGGAAGAAGAGUGAUACUCUAACAAGAACAAAAGGUAAAGGAAAAUGUCUUCCUCCAAAAUAACUGUUUGUGACAUUGAGACGUGCAGCGAAUGAGGAUCGCUGCGGUUUGACAGGGUCUUGGAAAUUAUUUUGCACCAUAGUUUUAAUUUAGGAUAUGAAAUUACAGAGUCGGUUGGAAUACGUGAGUAUGAUUUCUUUGUUUAAGAAUAAUGUGAGAGAUUAAUCAUUUUACCAAAUACAGAAUGUAAGUUAGCAGCGAGAAAAUCGAUGGACCUAAACCUCAGGGUAUGAAGAGAAACAUAAAUCUAAUGUAGCACGGAUGUAGUGGGUACCCCUGACUUGACCCCCGACCCCAAACUGUCUUUUCCUGUUUGAUUUACCUCCAAACCAGAGACAACUGAGACUUUGUUUAACCUGCGUAUCUCUACAUUUAAUUAAAACCCUUUAAUAGAAAAUUUGGCAACUGAAGCAGUCAAAUAAUAUAUAUUUAAACCAGCUUGUAGCACCGCAGAGAUUGAACACUGAAGAAGACUGUACCCCAGUCUCACCUGUUGAAAAUACAAAAGACACCACCUGUAUAAUUAGCACUUUUUUUUUUGAAUGGUGUUUUAGGUUGUGAUUUUUGAAAAAAAAAAAAAAAAAAUGUUGUACAUUUGCUGGUCUUGUCUAUGUGCUUGAAAAGCAUUUUUUAUCAGGGUGCCUCCGGUCCACAGUAGCACUUUACCGUCUCUGCCCUUCAGCUCUUGUAUUCAGUCACACAAAGGGCUUCACCCACUGUAGGCCUACCGAUCACACCAACACAGUACAGGACAUCUGACUCGAGGUACCAGAAGGCAGGGCAGGAAACUAGCUGCUUGGUUGAUUCACAAUUUCACAAAUUAACUUCUCAACAUAGGAUUUGACGGACUUGGCCAAAAUUCAUGGAUAAUAGUGGAAUUAUAAGACUCCUUCUGUUUUGUGAGAGGCUUUAGUUACUGAGAUCCAGAUUCACUAACAUUGCAGUAUUUACGAGUUCAAAGUUUUUAUUGAUAACCAGUUUUUAAAAAUAAUUAGUUUGUGGCACAAAGAAGAUCUGGAAAAGAGCUCUGUGCAAACUUCAUUACCAAACACAGGUGCAACCAACUCUGUCGACUUAAAAACAAAUCCACCAGGGCUGCACUUUUCUCUUUAAGGCAAAUUUAUAACUGCAGUGUUCCCUGAAAUGAUCCUUCUGACAUCCAGCAGCGACUGGAUCUGAAUCUACAAGUCAUUUUCAGAGUCUUGAUGCCUCUGUUACUUUAAAGGCUCUUUUAUCCUCCAUUUAAUGUUAGGUAACUGAUGUUAGAAUAAUAUUGAAUUUAUUUAUGCCUGACGACAGCACAGAAGCUUUGAGCUGCACUGUUAAGCACUAAGUACUACAGCUCUCUGAUUCUGUUAUGUUGGGCAAUGCUUUCCUUACUCAAACCUUUAAGGAUAUGGCUGCUACGUACAUUUACCUGAUAGGAUAUAUUUUCUCGUCAUCAUCAAAUCCCAUGAAAAGACCAAAACCAAUAACGUGUUAGUUCGUCUCAAUACUUUCCGACCUCCCCACCUUGUCCGUGGCUCUCAGCCCCAAGACUAUUUGUUCCUACCGAGGAUGUAAAUCUUUUAAAACGUGUCACAGCUAUAUAUUAGAUAUAAAAAUAAAAAGGCAAAAUCUUUUAUUAACGCAGCUGGGCACUGUAGUUUUUAGCAAACAACAGGACUCCAACAGGAGUAAAUAUUUGUUGAAGACUAUUUUUCAGCAGCGGAUUAACUACAGAGCAGGACGGUGUAUGUGUGAUUGAUUCAAACUAAACUACAGUGGCCAUGUUCAUGAUGAAGGAGCAUGUCUCCCAGUACAGCCUUGUGGCUCACUGAUGUGUUUUUAAAAGUUUUGCACAACAAUGGAGGUCAAUGGCACAGAGGAAUAAGCUGCUACGCUGACUAUACUUGCUGUUAGGAUCGGUUCAUUGUGGGUUUUGGUCUUUUUUCCAUGGGGUCUGUUGACAGCAAGACAAAUAUAGAAUAUCACCACAUUUAUGCUUUAAUUGGGACCGGUCAUGAUUUCCUAGGCCUCACCAAUAAAUUAAUGUUGACUACAUUCAAUGUAUUUAUGCCCAAAGACUGACACUGUUAAGCCGAUGUAGAAGCAGUUUAUCAUGAAUGGCUUGCAAUUUUUUGGGAAAGGCACGCUCUUCCUUGCUCAAACCUUAACUGAAUCUGAGCCCGAUUGUUCCUCUUUCUACUUGUACUAGAACAGUUUCAGUGUUUGUUCAUUUAAAUAUACUGUUUUCCUUUCCACCCCCCCAAUCAGUAAAGCUCUUAUUAUUCCAAACAAGUCACCGCAGUGUUACUUUCCCGCCCUGCCGACAGGUUCUGAUGUCAAGGAGCACAGUUUCAAAAGUUGCUGACAGACAUUAAUCGCCUGUAGUUCAAACUAAACAGAUUGUGCUCCGUCAGGUUAUCAGUCUUAUUUGGUAGAUAGUGCUUGACGGGGAUAACUGUGUGCCACAAGUGUUGAAAACACACAAACUCCUGCCAGUAUGCUGUACAUUUUUACACUAGAGAUUUUAACCUGAUGAUUGUAUCGAAGUCACUGACUUUAUAGUGUUAGUUUUUAACGAAUGAUAUAUGUUAACAGUAUUUAAAGCAGACAAUUUAUUAGAUUUUGUGCAACUUAUGAUCGGUCUGUUCAGCCCUUUUCCUAACCAGAUAGCUGAGAAUGUGUGUGUAGUUUCAGGAGUUCAGGACUCUUUCUGUACCAAGUACACGUUCAGUCUAGAUCAGUGUUUGUCGCCAUCACUGAGGUAGAAAGACCAGGAAGCCAAGAAGCACAACAGCAAGAUAUGAUGCGCUUCCUGGUCUGGCAGUAGUAGAAAACACUAGUUAACAGUAUUUCAUUAACUCAGCUGGUAAGCUUUAUUGAUCAGCCUUACAUGUGAUAGGAGCCUAUUGUUAAAAGGACCAUUAUGCUGUUUUUUAACAUGCCGAGCCUCAGCGCAUCGUUGGAUCUACAGUUCUGAAUCAGGAUGUAUAUAGACAACUUUGCAUUUCUCAUGAUAGCAAUAUUCUGGUUCUGUCUUUGUACAAAUUCUUAAUAUAUUUGUCAUUUUGACAGAAGAAAUAUUGUUUGCUGUGAGAACAAUCAAAUUGAACAACAACAAAAGAGUUUUCCACUAUAUUUAGCUUACAGCGUCAAAACUCCACAAUGAACAUGCCAUGUAAACCUCAUCAGCAACAGAGCAUUUGGUUAAAAUGUCUCGUUAUUCCCAGACUUUACCUCUAGCGCCAUCAACAGGCCAAAGUUUAUACUUGCACACAAGAAAUGUCCGAAUCGUGUGGGCAGAUUGCCACGAAAGCAAAUGAACGCUUUAUAUUUUCUGACCCUCGUGGUCUUUUUUUCCCCCCGACCGUCAGUGUUAUUUCUCUUUUACGUGAAACACUUUUAUAUUGUUCUGUGUAGUAAUGAAUAUUGCAACUUGGUGUGGAUUUAAAAUGUCCAAAUAUUUGUGUGCGCAGUCUAAACUUCUAGUCCACCCAUAAUCACUGGAGCUGGGGAACUGACCCAAUAAUUCGGACUGCUGGUGUGUAGUUACAGUAACUCCUUGACACUGGUUAAAAUGCACAUUUCCAAGUUAGUUUACAUUUUGACUAGAAUGGAUAGAGCAGCGCAGACAUCAGGAUAAUAUUAAAAAUGACUACAACCUUUGCUUCUUUUUUCAAAAAGUACGUUCUUGAUACAGUUUAUAUAUAAAAAAGUAGUAAAAAUCUGACAUUUAACUGAAUAAAAUGCUGUGCUUCCCUCUGCGACAGCUUUAACACAGCAGUGAUCCAAUCUGUUGUAACCGCUGUUAGCGCUCCUAACAGUGUAAAACACGUCACUUCCCUCUUUCAGCAUGGCAUUUUCAUCGUGUGGGAUUACUGUGGAUUUGAAACAUUUAACAAAUCGAUAUUCAGAUGCCCAAACAGUCUUCGGUCAGCUGAAUGUACAGUUUGUACAUGAGCAUGUUAAACUACAGCGCUGUGGCUCCUUACAGAAGAUAUCAGUGCCAUACAGUGUUAAAUGUGCUGACGAGCAGGAGAUUCCCUGCUCUCGCUCCGUUGUUGUGUUGCGCUGAUACGACCACCAUUAAUGUUCACGCUGUCUCGUUUUCCUCAGCCUCUGUGUCGUGCAAACUUCUAUAAAAUAUAUUUAUUCUUCAAAAACGUGUCUGUCGAGACAAAGUACUGUAACAUAGGACAUUUGGUUUUUGAUGUUCUGGAGCCUAAAAAUCAAGUAUACUUUACAAGUGUGUAUACAUCUGCCACUCCAAAUGUUUUUUGUCAAAGAAAAUAACUAUUUUUGUUCUUCAUUUUAAGCCAAAAGAGUCUCGGGCGUUCAGGGUGUUUUAAGUGGAAAAUGCCAAUAAAUUAUAUUGAAAUUUA